AUGACUGACUACCCUGCUCCCCCAACUGCUCAUGAGCACGCCUUCUUUGCCAUCCACUCCCAUUUCAGCGAGAGACGCCCAUCGACCGAGCUUACCAUCUACAAAGCCCUCCGCAGGGACUACCCGGAGUACGAAGUCGUUGCCACCAAAGUCACCUUCUGCCACCUCCUAAGCUUUGUCGACUACGGGCUGGCGACAGCUACGCCCAUACAUGGCAACAACCAUGACAUCAGUCGGGAGUACAAGCCGCCAACGCAGCGCAAUAAAAAGAAAAACGCCGACGGCAAGUUAAAGGACAAAGUCCGAGUUGGGCUUUGGGAGUAUGUAUGGGAAGGGAACGAGUAUCUCUAUUACCACGUAGAGUACGACGCCAAUUCAUAUGGCUCGAAAGAGAUCGUCGUCUUCCUCCUCAGCCGCAAAUGGCCAGUAGGUGCCACCCCGGAAACCACCCCCGAGGCCAUCACCGCCGCCUCCGAAGCCGCAAAGGAACGGAUCGACAAACUGCUCAUGGCGGUGGGAAAAUGGAGCGCAGACGUGCACAGCGAGAUCUACGUCUUCGACAACACCACCUGGCGCAAAGACCGAAACCUCUACCUCAGCGUGAUGGGCACAAAGUGGUCUGAUGUGAUACUCUCCCCUGCCCUCAAAGACGGAAUCAUCAACGACAUCACCACCUUCUUCGACUCGGAGGAAAUGUACACCUCUCUCAACAUCCCCUGGAAGCGCGGGAUCAUCCUUCACGGCACCCCUGGAAAUGGGAAGACGCUGAGCAUCAAGGCGCUCAUCAAUACCCUGCAGACUGGGGAGAGAAAGAUCCCUAGCUUGUACGUUAAGAACCUCGAUAACUGCUCGUAUGGCCCGAAACACAGUAUCCGCGAGAUCUUCAAUCGCGCGCGCACAUUGGCACCGUGCCUCCUCAUCUUCGAGGACCUCGAUUCGCUCGUCACGGAUAAAAUCCGCGCCUACUUCCUCAACGAGGUAGACGGCCUCGAAUCCAACGACGGAAUCUGCAUGAUCGGCUCCACGAACCACCUCAACAAGCUCGACCCCGCCAUCGCCAAGCGCCCCAGCCGUUUCGAUAGGAAGUACCACUUCGGACUCCCCGAGCUGGCAGAGCGAGAAGCGUACUGCGCGUACUGGGGGAAGAAGUUGGAGGGGAAGGAGAUGGUACAGGUUACGGCGCAGAUGGCGGGAGUGUUGGCGGGGUUUACGGAGGGGUUUAGCUUUGCGUAUUUGAAGGAGCUGUUUUUGGCGUCGUUGGUGGCGGUGGCUACGAAGACGGAGGUGGAGCAGGCGGCUGGGGAGGCGGAGGUGGAGGAGGAGGGGGGGAGUGCAUCGUCGGAUAGUACGGUUGUUGUUGAGAAGGCUGAUGCGGUUAUGGAGGGCGGGGCUGAUAAGGCGAAAAUUGAGACGCCGGCGGUGGAGAAGAAGGAGAAGGAGAAGGUGGUUGUCAAGCCGAUUUCGGAAGAUGAGAUCCCAGAGGAGCUAAAGGGGAAUGUCUUCUUCCGCGUGCUGUGCCAGCAGAUCACGUCGCUGAGGAGGGAGAUGGAUGAUAAAGGGGACGAAGGGAAGGCUGAGGCAACAUAUGGGCGGGAAUUUAUCGCCGGGGAUGAUGAAGACGAUAGUGACUAA